UUCAAAUUUCUCUCCUUUCUAGCAAGUAGCUUAUUUUGGCAAACUUGUCCAAGUUAGAAGGAAAGAUGCACUCCAAUGGUAAGCUUCUAGCUUCAAAAUUGCAAGCAGCUCCCUAGAAACAACCGUAGGAGAUGCUCUCACAUAAUGAGUUUAAUUUAGCUUAGAUUUGGUGCGCUUCGUUCACACACACAUACACAAAAAUCAUUCAUUUGUCUAGAUGAUAAAUAGAUUAACUUAAUUUCAUAAAAUUUUGUUUGAAUGGUGGCUAACUCAAAUACGCAAUGAAUAUGUUGAUUUAUUUUUCAAGAAAACUUAGCCUCAGCGACACAGAAAAUUGGAACGGCUUUGUGGGCUACGUAUCACGUAUGCAAUUUAGGUGUGAUUCAUUAUUGUUAGUUUUUUCCUGUGUUGUUUUUCUGUCCGGCCAUUAAUGGAGAGCUCAAAAUCUAGCUUAUGAAGGAUGUCAAUUGAGGAUGAAGAGACCAAUGCUCCGGUGCUUGAGUCAGGUGCCUUAGAAGAGUCAAAAAACAGCAAGGUGACGGCGCUCCUGGAAUAGCACCGCCUAAAAUAAUGAUAGAUGAGAUGAUUCCUUUGGAGAUAGUUGGUCAAACCUCUUCUUCCUUCCCGGUGGCUGGUAAAAUCGGGAUGCUUCAUUUGAAGGUGACUGGACAAAUCUCUUCUCCCUUCUUGGUGGAUGGUAAAAUUGGAAUGACGUAUUUGAAGGUGAUUGAUCAAAUAUCUUCUCCCUUGUUGGUAGCGGAUAAACCAGGAGAUGCGAUUUUAUUUGUUUUUUUCCCGUUUAAUAACUCUAGUUUUUUGUCGAUUUAUUUUAGUAGCAAGUACAUCGAUGCUGUUAGAUUAGUCUACAAGGAUGCAGGGUCUGCGAACUUAUCGAGUCCUCAUGGGAUUGUUAGUUCUAUGUCUCACCCCAUGACAACUAUGAGCUAUUGGUUUGUUUUGUCUCUUGUCACUUCCAUUAUUAUUAAUAAAUAAGUGUUCUUCUUUCAAAA